GUGGUGAAAAUCUCUCUGACGCACAACUCAGAAAUUCAGAAAUCGAAGCUGAAAAUCAUUGGAAAGCCCCCUAAAAACCCUGGAAAAUGUCGUGGGAUACUCAGGAGUGUAGCAAUCAAGAUGAGGAAUUCGAACGGCCCAGCAGGACCCUGGUGCUGGUAAUCUUCACCCUGGCCGUUUUCCUCAAGUUGUGCAUCAUUCUGGUGGAGAUUAUGGUGUGAGGGAAUUACCUGCAAUGAGACAAGGGAAAAGGUCGUAAUUAGUUGCUGUUUUCUUCCAUUUUCCCAAUGCACAGAGAUAAGUGUAAACAAAGAACUAUAAAAAGCCGAUUCAGUGGGAUCAAAUUGUGAAGUGAC